CCCAAGAAGAGGGGAAAAAAUCAGAGUUUCAAGCAUGACGAGACAAAGACACUGAGUGAACACAGACAAAUAAUGAUUUAAAAAACUUUCAUCACUCACCAUGGCCAUAAGGGAGCUCAAAGUUUGCCUUUUAGGGGACACUGGAGUUGGGAAAUCCAGCAUUGUUUGCCGAUUUGUUCAGGAUCACUUUGACCACAAUAUAAGUCCCACAAUAGGAGCAUCGUUCCUCACCAAAACAGUGCCAUCUGGGAAUGAACUACACAAAUUUCUGAUCUGGGAUACAGCCGGACAGGAAAGGUUUCACUCUUUAGCACCUAUGUACUACCGAGGAUCGGCGGCUGCUGUCAUCGUCUAUGACAUUACUAAAUUGGACUCUUUCCAGACACUGAAGAAGUGGGUGAAGGAACUGAAAGAACACGGUCCGGAGGACAUCGUUGUAGCCAUAGCAGGAAACAAGAAUGAUUUAGGAGACAUCAGGGAAGUUCCUAUGAAGGAAGCAAAGGAGUUUGCUGAAUCAAUUGCAGCUAUUUUCAUCGAGACUAGUGCCCGAAACGCUGUCAAUGUUGAGGAGCUCUUUCAGAAAAUAAGUAAACAGAUCCCACCGCUGGAGAAUCCUGAAGAGGAGGUUGGUGAGUCCUUUAAACUCACUCGGCAGCCUCCUCCGUCCACCAGGAGAUGCUGCUAGUACCAACAGUGGCUGAUGAGAUUACUUUUCUUGAGCACCAGGGACCCCACCGGCACAGCACACAGUCCACACAGUGUCUUAGUCCUGGGAAAGACACCACAAGACAAGACAAGACAUUGGACAGACAGAGGUCAGCUUGCACGUGUGGUCAACUGCAACAUGAAACAACAUUAUUAUACGGAUCAUUGCACAUUUAUUUCAUUUAAUUGUAGCGGCUUCGACUCUGAUGAGAUCUGUGAGGAGAAAGCUUUUAGUUUGUCCCCCUCAGGUGGUGUUUUGCCUGAAUUACAUUAAGAUUUCUUUCUCACACAGCUCAUUCUAAAGAAGCAUUUCCAAAAGUAACUCUAAAAUUCAGCACACACUUUUCAAAGCCGGGUUUUGACUUUUGAUGCUUCAUUUUUAGAGUCAACUGCUCUGUAGAUUCUCAUUGCACUGUGGCUCUUAAAUGGCAAACAUAAAAAAAUGAAGGUUUUUAUCUGAAUUUUUUUUUUAAAGCUACACUAGUCUUCUCAUGUAGCUUUCAUGUACAUGUAUACAUCACUCUUGUAUAGAAUUAAAUUGGAGCAUUUUGAGGUUGUUGAGAAGAUCAAAUCUCAUUUCUGUAGCUCGAAUGCAGCGGCUUUACAUUCCACUUCGUCAUGUGUUUUCACGCACAUCAACUGUAUAAGGGUUUAACUGUAAUGCUGCAGAGCGAACAGCUUAGAGGCCUAAAUCUUAAUUACAGUAUGACACCCCCCUGUUGAAACACUGUGACAAAUACUCAAAUUGUUUACAUGGUGACUUGUUGAAGAUGUUUUCUACAUGCUGAAAUGUGUGAUUUCACGACAGGGAAUGACUGUAUAGCACGUGUAUUUUUUACCUGAGAAAAGGGUUACAUUUAUACUGUUAAGAAGAGAAAAGACCUGCAUGUAUUUUACUCUAAACAUGUCUAAGGCUGUUGAAGUUACAAAAGGGCUGUGCUAUAUAUACUAACCAAAACUCUAAAAGAACAAAUGGGAAUAAAGCCCAAAACCAGUUAAUUUAGCUUGAUUGGUUUAGAGGGAAAAUGGUAACAAUGAGAUUAAUCCUUAGCCCAGUUGUGUAAACUGAGAUUAUGUGUAUUUUUACUGCUGCCUCUUUGGCAGUAGUGCCCUUGGAUUUGACCACUUCAGAUGUAUAA